UACCACAGUCGGCCAUCUGGUAAAAAACUAAAGCUGCGGCCACCGAGCAAGAUAGGAGGUAAAGUUGGAGAGCUCAUUUGCUUGCUCUGUAAUUCAAAUCGGAGCGAAUUGUUGAGGAAGAGUUGAAGAUUCAGUUGAUAUACGAUCGGAUCUUGGUUUUGAUGUGCUGGGAUUUUGGUGGGGUUUGUGUUUUCUUUGCUUCUGCGGCGAAGAUUCCAUUAUGAAGGUGGAAUAGAACAGAAGGACGGAACAGAGGGAGAGGAAAAGCCAGUAAUUAAUCCCCUUCUUCAGUAUCUUUCUCUAUUUCAAUCCAUAUCCAUUUCUUGAGCUUAUUAGUUUGAGGAGGAUAUUCAUAUUAUGGCCGUAGCUACAGAGACGCAGUUCCACGUAUUGGCAGUGGAUGACAGCAUCAUUGAUAGAAAACUCAUUGAGCGAUUGCUUAGGAUUUCAUCCUUCCAAGUGACGGCGGUAGAGUCAGGAAGCAAAGCACUGGAGUUACUCGGCCUUCGCGAGGAUUUGAAGAGCCCCCCAUCUGCUCCUCCUUAUCAGAAUGUGAGCACUAGACCAUCUUUUAAUCUUAAUUUUGAGGGAUUUUUGGAGAUUCGUGUUUUAGGUCUUCUCUUUUUCAUUCAGGAGAUUGAUGUGAAUUUGGUUAUCACCGACUACAGCAUGCCUGGGAUGACUGGGUAUGAUCUAUUGAGAAAAAUCAAGGAGUCAUCGGCUUUGAAGGAUAUCCCUGUUGUGAUUAUGUCAUCUGAAAACGUGCCUUCCAGGAUCAACAGAUGCUUGGAAGAAGGAGCCGAAGAAUUCUUACUAAAACCAGUGAAGCAAUCUGAUAUGAAUAAGCUAAUGCCUCGCAUACUGAAAGGGAAAUCGAAAGAAAAUCAGCUGGAAAACAACAUUAACAAUGGCUUCUGCACUGUUACUUGUGAGAACACUAUAACUGACAACAUGAAGAGUAGCACGAAUAGUACUAAUAUAAGUGGCAACAAAAGGAAAGCCAUGGAUGAAGGGUUCUCACCUGAGAGAAGAAAGGCAAGAUUAUCAAGCAGUAACUGGCAAUGUUGUGACAUAUAAAAAGGUUCAAAAACCCUUUUUUCCCCACUUGAUUUUCAUACAUUGAAGCUUUUCUUUUAUUUGUUUCUUUGCCUUCUAUUGCCUGGAAAAUCUGUAGUCAUGAGCUUAUACAAUUCGAUUUUGCUGUGCUCACAAAAUCCUGUAAUUUUAGAAAUAAAUACGUGUAGCUUUAUCAUCAGAAGUGAAAGCAUUCAUGGCCGAUUUCUAA